CCGCAUUUUGGACAACAGGCGACCAGGGGAGCGACCGGGUCCAGCUGGGAGAAGAAACCAGAUAAAUCACCCCCAACAGACCUGCAGGAAUGAUGGGGAAUGGUAAAUUGUUCCUGCCAGCAGACACAGCUCAUUCGUUGCUGCGGCGGCUCCCCAGGGCCAACUUCAUGCUGGAGGAGCUGAAACAGGGCAACAUCCAGAGGGAGUGCCACGAGGAGGUGUGCGACUACGAGGAAGCCCGUGAGGCCUUUGAGGACAACGAGAAGACGCAGCGUUUCUGGGAGGAGUACACACGGGAGAGCAGCUCACCCAAAGGGCUGGAGUCUGUGGUGGGCGGAGUCCACUCCCUCUACUUGAUUGUGCCGCUGCUAUUGGUCGUGCUGCUCAUCGCUGCGGUGGCCAUCACCGUGUGGCGCUGCCACUCCCGCAAGCGCUCAGAGCAAAGUCCUGGCAUGAGCCACUCACGUCACGACCCCGGCCUGUCGGUGGUCUCUAUGGACCAGUGGGGGAGGGAAUACCACCAUGGUGACCAGUCAGAGCUCAGCGUCCACAGCAGCCCAGCCUAUCCGGGCUCGGAGAUCACGUCAGGAAGAGGAAGCGCUGGAGACCCUCCCCCUUCCUACGAGGAAGCCGUGGGCCAUGCUGACGUCCAUAUAGAGACAGAACCGCCCCCUCAGUAUGACGAUAUAGUCAACAACAGUGCCCCCAGUGGAAACACUGGCCAUGGGAAGUAAGCCACUUCUGUCACUCUGCCACCCUGACAAAUGCCCUAACCUUUCCUAUGACCUCCUUAUCAUUUAGCAAUGCCAUGGCCAUGGGAUCAUUCCCCCCUACAGAACUCAAACAGAUGCGCUGCAUUAGCUGUCUGUUCAAUGGAAUAAUGUCAAUCUUUGCUGGAACCAGCGCUGUUGAAACUUGCACUAACAACUCAGAGUGACAUUGAAGAUGGUACCAAUGAUAUUGCAAUACCAAACCACACAGAGACCUAUGUCCACUUUCCUCAGAGCGCUUCCACAUUAUUAGACAGUACCAAAUCAGUCAACUCUGAAAGCAAAACAGAGAGCAGAGCGUUGAGAGACGGGGGAUGGGGAUGGAUACUGAUCACUGCUGUUACGAGAGGAAAACAUUUCAAAAUGUACAGGCGUGUUUUAUGAACGGUUCUCCGGUAUAGGAAUCAUAAAGAUAGAGAAGUCGUAUAGAAGAGUGCUAAUAUUUGUUUUGUGUGAGUGUGUGUGUCCCGCACGCCCAUAUUAUGGUCAGUGAAGGCCACUUGCUCUGUACACAUGGACCUGGAUCUGGCCCAGCGUUGUUUGUGUGUUGACAUUGAAUACUCAAACAUCGGUCGGGCACCCUGAGUCCUUCUCAGGGCGGGUGACAUUUACUCAGUCCCUGCUUGGAUACUGCAAAAAACAAAACAAAAAAAACCCAAACAAAAAACAAAACAAAACAACAAAAAAAACAACAAAAAACAAAACAAACAAAAAAAACCACACCAUUCCUCUGAUUUCCGUUGUUCCCCUACAGCAAAUUAGCUUGUGUAACGCCGGGGACACACUAGAAGACAUUUCAAAUCAUAGUAGACAAGAAAAAUUUCUAAUUUAUGCUCUUGUGUCGAGGUGAUUGCAUAGGUACACCGUAGGUACACUGUAGGUGCCCAUGGCGUUGCGAUUUAUUUACACUACUGCAUACACAUAACCCGUAGACUGUUAUAGCACCACCGCAAAACUAGAUGGCAGUGUCGUGCAUCUUGUCUAUAAGAAGAACCUGAGCUACCUGUACUUAUAUUCGCUCACGUUCAUUGGUAACAAUGGCAGCAAAGAGAAGGUUUGCAAUGGAAGCGGCUUUGCUAGAUGAGUAAAAAGAGCUAACUUUGUCAGCAGUAUUGAGAGGGAGAAAGGUAGGUCAGAAUAGGAGAUGGUCUCUGAAACCACUGAACAGGUUGAGGCGAGAAGAUGGGGGAAUUUGUCAUGUUUGUUCGGCAAAUGUGAGAGAUGGAUGAACAGCAGGGUGCCAGCAGAGGAAACAUGUAGCAGGAAAUGCAAAGUGGCCCACGCAAGCUAAUCACAGCUUUUGCUGUCAGUAUAGCCUACGUAGCCUCUAUGCACAGUUACAGUUUGGAGGAGGUGAACGUAGGCUGUGGCGUAGCCCUCUCCGCAGCUGCAUAGAUGCUGCAAAGACCUGUUGCUGAGGUACACCGUCACCUCCAAACGGGAACUUAAAUCAGGCAAGACGGCACAGCUCAACUGGCAGUGACAGAUUUCUAGUUUUUCAAACCUUAGAGAUGAAAACACACACAACGAUGACUAUAUGGUUCCUUGAAGCAGAAGCAUUAAGACAGGGGAAAGACUGGACACUAAAAAAAUCCCUUAUAAUCUUGUGAGAACAGAAACGGUGCUAUGACAAGAUAUCAGCCACACUUGUUUCUUUGUUGGUGCUGUUGUGAUCAUUUUUUGAGUUGAUGUUAUUGAGGCACUCGUAUUAUUGUCAUUGUUUCGCCAAAUGUUCCUCCACCUCUCUGCUCCAAUCCACUCGCUGUUUAAUCUCCACCUGUGUCUGAAAUCGCUCCUUUUUUAGAGCUAGUGCACUUCAAGUAUUCACCUUCCUCAUAUCUGUUUGAGUGUCCGAAAUCUGACUGUAGAAUGCAUUUAGUAUGUAACACCCUCGAAAACUCCCACAAUGCAACUUAAAAUGUAGUGUCCAACACAUGUACACUGCUUUAUGCUAAAAGUACCACAAUGCAAUGCUUCACCUCUUCUCCGCUCUGCUCGUGCACUCUUCUCUGUCAAAUACCGCUGACAGGAAGAGAAGGCACAAAAUGAUGAUCCAGUACUGUCCGAAAUCACCAUUUGUUACUCGCUGUAGUAACCUAUUCCAUUGAGUGGUACAUAUGUAGGGAGUGGUGAAUGAUUGAAGGAGGGAAUGGUUCCAGACACAGCUUCCAUCUUUUUCUCCAGCUCCACCAUCUUUCUUGCAUGCCCUCACCCACUUCCUGUGGGUUUUUUUUCUCUUUUCCCUCUUCUCUCACACUGUUUCCAGUUGGUGUCUAUGACCAGCUAACACUUUCAGAAGUAUGCAAAGACUUGUCCAGAACAUGCUUGAUGUUAUAAUGUGAAUCUCGACCAUCCAGGAUGGCGACAGAUCAGUCUUUAACCUUCACACACUAGAAUUAUUCUUGUGACCGUCAAGCUUGACCGCCCCGGAUCAGCGCGUAUUCCGCUUGAUCCCGAAAAUCAUACACGAUGGCCAAAUCGUCGCUAAAUUUGGCUUUAAGCUUGUGUAGCGUGUCCCUGGCACAAGUCGGGCCUCAUUAACUUGUGCUGUGCUGCUUUUUCUUAUUAGAUAAUGUGACGUCACUAAAGACUGUUGUAUCAGGCUAUGCAACAAAUAUAGGAACACAACAGAAACCGAUGAGAAGAGGUAUAGGAUAGGAUGUGGAAACCCUAUUCAUUAGUGAAGGGGAAGCAUGCGGUAGGUAAUAAAUAUGGACAGAGCUUAUGUUUAGCAUGUGUAAUGUAUAUAAAUGUGUAUAUUGUACCUAUACACGAGAGUGCUAAUAUUUUUUUACUGCAGAGGAAUGCAGCGGAUGCAUUGAGCCUAAUGUUACUGUAUAUGGUGGCCAAUGAAGGUGCUGUGCUUAUCACUGAAACUGAGCUGUCUGUGUUGAAAACGAGGGCAGAUUCGAGUUUUUGUGUCUUCGAUGCCUCCCUCUCUCUCUCUCAGCAAUAACCAAGUCACUGUUAACGCCUCUAACAGGAAAAUCUCAUCUCAAUAUGCAAUAAAGCUGCAGACAUUUUUGGAAACCAAAUAUAUCUGCCUGAUAUUCGUUGAUACUGAUGUUGUACAUUUCUAUUGUGAACACGAGACUUUGAGCACUGUUGUUUUGUUAGUUUUGUUCUCGAGUUUUUGACCUGUGAACCCUCAGCACUUGUUCAUUCGUGGUGGCCUUGAUCUGAGCUUUGCAGGUCUGGGUCAGGUGUUGUGCACUGUUACUGAUGAAGUCCUGUUUGUAAUGAUGCCUUAUUAGACACGCAAAUGUUGAACCUUUGAAUAACACCAAAUGCAAGGGAAUUGGUUUAAAAAUCCUUAAAUAUGUGCAGAAGCUUGAUUUAAUUUGUAAUAAAAAAAAUAAAACCUGCUUUGCUUCCUAAUCUGGAAGUGC